CUAAUGAUGGAAGAUUUUUUGUGCGAUCUAUUGUCACCGUCCAAAGAGGACAUUUUAAGGAGAUUACAGGAUAAUGACAUAACCGACAUGAAGACUCUGGGAGAAAUAAUUACCAGCCACGUUGACUUCAAAGAAUUAAUUCCCAGCAUGGGGUUAAGACUUAAAAUCAAAUCAAAAUAUAUGAGCAUGACAAAUGUUAAAUUUCCAAGUGUCAAAAAUCAACAAGAAGAACCCGUAAUCGCCGGAAUUGUCAACGCUGACGGAUCCGUUUUAUUGGAUACUGAUGCAGUGCACCUGGAUGUACACAGCCAAAUUACCGAUUCACUACAUACAAAUAUUGUUGAACCACCACAGUUAUUGCAGGACGAUAAAGUUGUUACUGAGAGUCGUAAUAAAGAAAGCGCGGAAUCAGCUGAGACAUUCAAUUUACAAGACACAGAUCUGGUCACAAAAAAAAGAAAAUUAAACCGGGGUGUAGACUUUGACGUAAAAGAAAUAUUGGAAAAAGAUGCAACGGGACGAGCGGUACUAAACAUUUAUAACAACACGAGGGACUUAUCAACAAAAUGUCAAAGUUAUGUAUGUGACAUCAUUGUCACACAUGCUUUGAACAACUGCAUAACAAAUCUUCGAAACGAGGAUUUUGACGCUAUUGCUGAUAAUAUCGUUCACGUAUUUCCGGAAGAAUGUAAAGAAACAUAUUAUGUUCCUCCUGUGUCUAAAAGAGAUUCUUCGAACCAAAAAUCGAAAGUUGCUAAAGGGAAGUUGGUGGAUAAAUACUGGAAUAAAAUUUCAUUUUUACGAGAAGCGAAAAUAAAUGUAACAAGCGACGUAAUACCUGAGGCAGCUACUUGCAUGUCGUCGGAAGCGCAUCAGGAAAACAGUAAAUUAUGGCUAAUCCACAAUAGAGCACCGUGGGCUGACGUCAUAAACCAUUGGAAUACUUCGUAUACAUUGCGACUGGUAAAUUGCAUGAACAAGAAAACUCUUCAUGACCUGUUAGAAGAAUGGCCAAUUCUAUUAACGGAGAACAGUUACUUGCUAAUUGAACAGGAUUUUUGCCAAAAAUAUAAAGAGCAAGAUCAACUCUUGAUACGCAAGUGGAAUGAUUAUUUUAACGCCGUACUAUCUUUAAAUAGGAAAUAUCUUAGUCAAUCAGAUGAAUUACUCUUGGAGGUCCUGAAGAAUGGAAACCUAACUCAGAAUUCUCAGAAUUUUAUUCAAAUUUCCCUUCUCGCGGCAUUAGUACCGCCGAAAUCUAACAAAAUUUCCAUUAAAAAACAGGGAAGGAGAACCUAUUGAAAGCCUUCCACCGUUGAAAGUAGGGAAGGAAUUAUUUUACUUGUCACGGUUCCCGGAGAUAUUCAAGAGGUUGUACGGCAAAGAACUGAAAAAUUAUAUCAAUUCGGGCAGACGGUUCAGCCAUUCGUAGUAGUUGUUGGGGCAGAAGUAACUUCCAUCGAGAAAGUCUAUCUGUGCAUCGAUGAACGACUUAUAGAAAUACCUUCUGUGUUAAAAGCCCUGGACGUGGCGUUCAAAACGUUUAUUUCAUACAACGUACGGUAUCCACUAGAAAGUGACCACUUGUGGUACCUACUACAAUGGGGUGUUUAUGGUAUUGAAACCGCUUUCGACGACAAAAUACCGUCAAUUUGCAAUUUAGUUAACAAAUUACAAAAACAAGUAUAAG